UUGAGACUUUUCGCCAGGAAGUCAUGGCUUCGCUUCUCCUUCCGCCUGCAUCAUCGCUUCUCUCUCCGUCCUCUGCUGCUGCAGCUGCAUCAUCUUCUCCUUAUCGUCAUCGCUUUAUUUUCCCGUCGAUAGGAAAUCUGCGAAAAUCGAGUCACAGGAGGAAGUUCUUCCUUCCGGCAGCACCAGCUGUGCUGGAUGAGUCCCCUGUGUUCGACCCGUCGACCGGGUUCCAAGAGUCUCACGAUGUCAUCGCUCCCUUGAAGCUGAAAUUGCUCAGUGUUGUUUCUGGGCUGAACAGAGGCCUUGCAGCUAAUGAAGAAGAUCUAAGAAGGGCAGAAUCUGCAGCAAAGGAGCUUGAGGCUGUAGGAGGCGUAGUUGAUCUUACAAAACACCAGGACAAACUUCAGGGCCAAUGGAAAUUAAUUUAUAGCAGUGCAUUCUCUUCUCGCGCGCUAGGUGGCAGCCGUCCUGGACCUCCGACGGGCAGGCUACUCCCAAUAACUCUUGGACAGGUUUUCCAACGGAUCGAUAUCCUUAGCAAAGAUUUUGAUAAUAUAGUGGAGCUUCAGUUUGGUACACCAUGGCCACUUCCACAGCUAGAGGCUACUGCUAUAUUAGCUCAUAAAUUCGAACUUAUUGGAACUUCUAAAAUAAAAAUAACAUUCAUAAAAACUACUGUUAAGCCAAGGGGGAGCUACUCACAACUUCCACCUCUUGAAGUUCCUCAACUUCCCGAUGCACUGCGACCUCCUUCCAACACGGGAAGUGGCGAAUUCGAAGUCACAUACCUUGAUAGUGAUACUCGUAUCACUCGCGGAGACAGAGGGGAGCUGAGGGUGUUUGUCAUCUCAUGAAGCCAACCAGCUAGUUUUCUGGAACUUCAAAUUCUUUCACCUGAAAGUCAAAGUAAAUUGUUGUUAUACAGCAUACUCUAAUUCUGUUGUUAUAUCGAAACAACCAAUUAAUUUGUGAAUAUAUGUGCUGUAAAAUUUAAGCA